CAUUUGGUUCUGAAUAUCACCUCCCCCUUGCACCUGUCAGUUCCCAGUUAGAGACAGUGCGUACUUGUGUUGGGUAGUUUAUCGCUCCCUAAGGCACAAUGGUGAAACUCAGCUUACCGAACCACGGCUUGGAUGAUAGAGUUCCCUCCUACGCUGAGCUGGAUAAGAGGGAACUGGAAGAAGUGGAUGAAAGACCCAAGUGGGACAACAAGGCCCAGUACAUGUUAACAUGUGUUGGAUUUUGUGUGGGAUUAGGAAAUGUUUGGCGUUUCCCCUACCUUUGUCAGAGUCAUGGAGGAGGUGCUUUCAUGAUCCCGUUUCUUAUCUUGCUGGUGCUUGAAGGUGUCCCACUACUGCAUAUAGAGUUUGCUAUUGGGCAACGCCUGAGGAAGGGUAGUGUGGGGGUAUGGAGUACCGUUCAUCCUUACCUGAAAGGGGUGGGUAUCGCAUCAAUGAUGAUUUCCUUCCUGGUCGGUUUAUAUUACAACGCUAUCAUUGCCUUGGUUAUGUGGUAUUUCUUUAAUUCAUUUCAAGAACCUCUGCCCUGGAGCUCCUGUCCGCUGAAUGAAAACCACACAGGAUAUGUGGAUGAGUGUGCCAGGAGCACCUCAGUGGAUUAUUUUUGGUACAGAGAAACCUUGAACAUUUCCAAUGGUAUUGAUAAAUCAGGUACUAUCCAGUGGUGGCUGCUACUUUGCCUUAUAUGUGCUUGGUCUGUGCUGUAUGUGUGCACAAUCAGAGGAAUUGAAACAACUGGCAAGGCUGUAUAUAUCACCUCUACUCUCCCUUAUCUUGUACUCACAAUCUUCCUGAUUCGAGGCCUGACGUUAAAAGGAUCAGUCGAUGGAAUUAUAUUUCUCUUUACACCAGAUGUGGCUGAGUUGGCAAAUCCGGUCACCUGGCUAGAUGCUGGGACACAAGUGUUUUAUUCCUUUUCCCUGGCGUCUGGUGGCUUGAUAUCCUUCUCCAGUUAUAACUCAGUUCACAACAAUUGUGAGAAAGAUGCUGUGAUUAUCUCCGUCAUCAAUGGCUUCACAUCCAUAUAUGCAGCCAUUGUAAUAUACUCCAUCAUAGGUUUCCGAGCAACAGAACAAUUUGAUGCCUGCUUUGAUGCCAAUAUUCUAGCCUUGACCAAUACCUUUGAUCUACCAGAAACAAAUUUAACCCAAGACAACUAUUACCAAGUGCUGAGUUAUUUAAACAGCACAGAACCCCAAACCAUUGCCAACCUCAAUCUGAAGACCUGUGAUCUGGAUAAUAUAUUGAGCCAGGGUGUGGAAGGAACCGGAUUAGCUUUUAUUGUCUUUACCGAAGCUAUUACAAAAAUGCCAGUCUCUCCACUCUGGUCCAUUUUGUUCUUCGUAAUGUUGUUCUGCUUGGGGCUGUCAUCAAUGUUUGGAAAUAUAGAAGGUGUAUUAGUCCCCAUCCAAGACAUGAAGCUCUAUCCAAAGAAAUGGCCGAAGGAAUUUCUUACUGGCACGAUCUGUCUGGUGUGCUUUUUCAUCGCAUUUAUAUUUGCCCUGAAUUCGGGAAACUAUUGGCUGGCUCUCUUUGACACAUACGCCGGCUCCAUCCCUCUGUUAGUUGUUGCUUUUUGUGAGAUGGUGUCCAUUGUAUACAUUUAUGGCAUAGACAGAUUCAACGAAGACAUCGAAUGGAUGAUUGGUCACAAGCCAAAUAUCUUUUGGCAGGUUACCUGGAGAUUCAUCAGCCCAAUCAUAAUGCUGGUCAUAUUCAUAUUCUACCUCGUAAUAACAGUGACUGAAAAGUUGACGUACAUUACCUGGGAUAUAGAUUAUGUGAAUUUCCCCAACCAGUUUGAGAAACCUUACCCUAGCUGGGUGACUGGAGUUAUUCUCAUUUUGGCUGGCAUACCCAGUUUAGUCAUACCUUUCACUGCCAUCUAUUUGUGCAUCCAAAACAAGUGCAAGAAGAACAAUGACCAGCAGAGCCUUGUCCAGUCUACAUCAGUCACUUCAGUAAAUGGAAUAGCAAACAAACUAGUGUAACUGGACUCCUCAAAAACAAUAGCAGUAAUUUAUAUUACUCACUUUGCCAUGAACUGUAUUCCAAAACAAAAUGCACAAGAACCGACAGCUGAAAAUAUUUUAAAUUGUUCAUGUUUUUACUUUGAUGGAAUAUAUUGGUUUUAUAUCCUGCCAUAAAUGAGCUUCUGGUUUACAAUCACCCUAAAGCAUGUAUUUUAACAGACCAUAUUUGAACUUUGUCGAAAAAGUGUUUUUGUUUUUCUUUCGAGAGCAGAUGCUAGGGGCUCCGAGCUACAUCACUGAUGAGAGGUUACCCUGCUUUGUUUCAGGGCUGAUCUAAUGGCCCUAAACUAACACACUACAUCCCAUUCAUUUCUCAGUCCUUAAGGUUCCAGCAUUUCCAAAUAGUAAAAUCCCAAAUGGUAAGUAGCAACGUAUGUGCAAUGCUUUACAAAGCUUCCUCCUGAAAAACACUGGGCUUCAAAAGUUGCCGAAUUAUUCCUAUGUUAUAAUCAAUGUCUAACCUCAGCGCAAUGGAAGUAACUAUUGACUUCUACAUUGUAAGUUAUCCUUUAGACCUCAGAGCAAUUCUCUUACCAUUCACUUUUUAGUUUCCCCAAGUCCCCAGGGUAACAUCUAAAGGAGAGUGGGUGAUUACUUCAAACACGUGGGUGAAAGUAAACAUUUUUGUACCCUACAAUAAUAAAUCAUAAUAAGAAGCCAUUAUGUUAACUCAUUGAGCCUGUUC